AUGAAGAAACCAGAUAGGUGCCUGCAGCUGCCUCUCACCCUCCUGCACUUCCUACUGCAGACAGUCCUCCCUGCCUCCAGCAGCUCUGCCGUCGGGAAGAAGGAAAUCACCAUUGAAGGAGACUUGGUGAUUGGGGGUUUGUUCCCAGUUCAUGGGAAGGGCAAUGGUUUGGAGGACUGUGGAACGAUCAACGAGCAGCGUGGAAUCCAGCGGCUUGAGGCGAUGCUCUUCGCAUUGGACGCGAUAAACAAGGACGCUUCCAUUUUGCCGGGGAUUAAGUUGGGUGCCCACAUCUUGGAUACCUGCUCCAAGGACACCUACGCUUUGGAGCAGUCGCUAGAAUUUGUGAGGUCCUCGCUAACUAAAGUAGACGAGACAGAGUACAUCUGCCCGGACGGGUCUUACGCGAUUCACGAUGACAUGACCUUCGCCAUUGCAGGGGUCAUUGGCGGCUCUUACAGCGACGUAUCCAUUCAGGUGGCCAACUUACUUCGCCUAUUCCAGAUCCCUCAGAUCAGCUAUGCUUCCACCAGUGCCAAGCUGAGUGACAAGACUCGGUAUGACUACUUUGCCCGGACUGUACCUCCGGAUUUCUACCAGGCCAAAGCUAUGUCCGACAUCCUGCGCUUCUUUAACUGGACCUACAUCUCCACUGUGGCAUCCGAGGGUGACUAUGGGGAGACCGGCAUUGAGGCCUUUGAGCACGAGGCUCGCUCUCGCAACAUCUGCAUUGCCACUUCCGAGAAGGUUGGCCGGUCGAUGAACCAGAAGUCGUACAAUGGUGUCAUCAAGGCCUUGAUGCAAAAGCCUAACGCCAAGGUCGUGGUCCUAUUCACCAAGAGCGAGGACGCUCGGGAAUUGCUGGCCGCCGCCCACAGGCUUAAUGUUUCCUAUCUGUGGGUGGCCAGUGACGGCUGGGGAGCACUGGAAAAUGUGGUCCAAGGAAAUGAGGAGGCCGCAAAGGGAGCCAUCACCAUCGAGCUGGCAGCUUACCCCAUCAAGGAGUUUGCAGCCUAUUUCGUCAACCUUACCCCAUACAAUAACAGCCGGAAUUCCUGGUUUUGGGAGUUCUGGGAACAGAAGUUCCACUGCAGCUUACGGACACUGGCUUGCGGGAGGAACUCUCUGAAGAAGGCGAAGUUUGAGCAGGAGUCGAAGAUCAUGUUCGUGCUGAAUGCGGUGUAUGCCAUGGCUCAUGCCUUGCACAACAUGCAGCGGGCCCUCUGCCCCAACACCACCAGCAUCUGCGAGAAGAUGAGGCCCAUGAACGGGAAGAAGUUCUACAAGGAUUAUAUCAUCAAAGUCCAUUUUGAUGCUCCAUUCAGACCUCACGACACCCACAGUGAAAUCCGAUUCGACGCGUAUGGAGACGGAAUUGGCCGGUACAACAUCUUCAAUUUCCAGAACAGAGGCGGGCGGUACACCUACCAGAAAGUUGGCUACUGGGACGAAGGCCUGACACUGAACACCAGCCUGAUCCCGUGGGCGAAUGCGUCCAUUCCAACCUCCCAGUGCAGUGACCCCUGCGCCAAGAAUGAAGCGAAGAGCAUGCAACCAGGCGACGUCUGCUGCUGGCUCUGCAUUGCCUGCCACCCCUAUGAGUACCUCUAUGAUGAGUUCACGUGUGUGGACUGUGGGCCUGGUCGCUGGCCUACCGAGGACCUCAGUGCCUGCUAUGACCUUCCUGAGGAGUACAUCAAAUGGGAGGACGCCUGGGCCAUUGGCCCCCUCACCAUCUCCUGCCUGGGCUUCGCUUGUACCAUUGCGGUCUUCGUGAUCUUCAUCAAAAACAAUGACACGCCUGUGGUGAAGGCGUCAGGCCGGGAGCUCUGUUACAUCCUCCUCUUUGGGGUCCUCAUGUGCUACAGCAUGACCCUGGUAUUCAUCGCCAAGCCCUCGACGGCCGUCUGCACCCUGCGUCGCUUGGGGCUCGGAUCCUCCUUUGCGGUCUGCUACUCGGCCCUGCUGACCAAGACCAACCGCAUUGCAAGGAUCUUCAACGGUGUAAAGGACGGGACGCAGAGGCCACGCUGUAUCAACCCCAGCUCGCAGGUAGCCAUCUGCCUGGGCCUCAUCUCCUGCCAGCUGGUCGUCGUUACUGUCUGGCUGCUGCUGGAAGUGCCAGGCACCAGGAAGGAGACCACGCCUGACAAGAGGGAUGUUGUGACGCUCAAGUGCAACACCAAGGAGUCCAGCAUGCUGACCUCCCUGACCUACACCGUCAUCCUCAUCGUGCUCUGCACCGUGUACGCAUUCAAAACCAGGAAGUGUCCUGAGAACUUCAAUGAGGCUAAGUUCAUCGGGUUCACCAUGUACACUACCUGCAUCAUCUGGCUGGCCUUCCUGCCAAUCUUCUAUGUCACCUCCAGUGACUACAGGGUCCAGACCACCACCAUGUGCAUCUCUGUCAGUUUGAGUGGCUCUGUUGUGUUGGGCUGCCUGUUUGCUCCCAAGAUCCAUAUUAUCCUCUUCCAGCCCCAGAAAAAUGUGGUUACUCACCGGGUGGCAACCAGCCGUUUCAGCGUGACUGGCCCAGGAACCGUCCACUCCCAUGUUUCUGCUGUCCACUACGUACCGACUGUGUGCAAUGGGCGAGAGAUUGUAGACUCCACAACGUCAUCGCUAUGAGGAUCAAAAUCAGCCCUUAACCUCCAC